AUGGAUUCCGAGAAAGCUACGGUCGAACACCUAGAGGGAGAAGACAAGUUCGCCAAAUCAUCCACUUCAAACGCGUCGAAAGAAGAUGUUCACCCUGUCAUCGAUCCUGAGGCGGAGAGGAAGCUCGUUCGGAAGUUGGACUACGCCCUCUUGCCCCUUUUCACUAUCAUCUACUGUCUCAACUUCAUCGACAGAACAGCGAUAGGAAACGCUCGCAUUGCAGGUCUCGAACAGGAGAUCGGGAUGCAAGGCUACGACUUGAACAUUGCAUUAACGGUUUUCUAUGUCUUCUACAUUGUUUCUGAAGUCCCUUCAAACCUUGCCCUGAAACACUUUGGGUCGAUCUGGAUAGCAUACCUGGUCAUCGGCUUCGGGGCGGUUGCCAUUGGCUCGGCGUUCAUGAACAGCUUCGAGACGCUUCUCGUGACUCGGGUGUUCUUGGGACUGACAGAAGGCGGGACGCUGUCGGGUCUAGUGUAUUUACUCGCCAGAUUCUAUCGAAGACACGAGCUUGUGUUGAGAAUUGGUAUCUUCUUCGGCUUAUCGCCAUGUCUUGCUGGAGCCUUCGGCGGAUUGCUGGCAUCUGGACUUCUCAGUAUCCCAGAUUUCGGGAUAGUGACAGCGUGGAGGAAGAUAUUCCUCAUUGAAGGCGUUCUUACCACCGCUGUUGGGCUUUUCCUUCUGUUUUUUAUUCCCGGAGAUCCAACGACAACGAAGCUGUUGAACGAAGAAGAGCGUGCCAUCGCCAUCGCGAGGUUGGACGCUGACCAAACUGUGAAAAUGCAAGGCAAGAAAGAACGGACGAGCCUCAAACUCGUCAUCCAAUCUUGCAACCUCCAUACGAUUGUAUGCUCACUGACGUUCAUGAUGAUCAAUAUCUCCUUCCAAGGCCUAAGUCUCUUCCUGCCUACAGUCGUUAGAACCCUGGGAACGUUCACCACCGUCGAAGCACAGCUCAGAACUGUACCUCCCUAUCUCCUGGGAGCGAUAUGGGCCGUAGGCACCUGCUGGGUGAGCUUCCGCAUGCGGCAGCGAUGGCUUCCUAUCCUUUGGUCGGUUGCUCCUAUGGUCGUCGGGUACUCUAUAUCCGUCGCCACCAAGAAUCCUGCUGCACGAUACGUGGCUUGCUUCUUGAACGUCGGGGCUGGCGCGCCCAUCGGUCCGCUGCUUCUCACUUGGGCAACAGAUAACUCAGCCCCCGACACGAUGCGGGCUAUGUCGACGGCUCUCGUUCCAGGAAUAGGGCAGAUAGGAUCCAUCAUCGCUGUCUGGACGUACGUACCCAGGGACGCCCCAGACUACCGCAGGGGCAACUCGCUAAACCUCGCGACGACAUGUACGACGUUCUUGUUCAUCUUUCUGCAGGGACUGUACAUCAUGUGGGAGAACAAGCACCGCGACCAGGGGAAGCGCGAUCAUCGUGUAGACAGCAAGACGGAGCAAGAGGAGCACGAGCUAGGGUACCUGCAUCCGAAAUUCCGUUACCAGCUUUAA